AUGGACCAAAACAGAACACCAGGGGCCAAACAGCCCGAUAUCGAGUUUUAUGGUCAUAUCUUCACUGCAAACAGAAUUAAACCUGAUCCCAAGAAGAUGCAUGCCAUAAAAACCGUGAAACCGCAGUGUGCAAUUGAAAUGAAGUCACUGUUAUACGAAUGGCGCAGUAUAUUUCUGGAUUCAACCCUGAUUAUGCCAAGAUUACAACCCACUACGAAACCUGACCAAGAAGGACGUCGCCUGGAAAUGGAACGCCGAAGAACAGAGUACCAUCGACAUUUUAAAACAAGCUGUUGCAGGAGACAAAUAAUUACGUACUUCGAUGGAACAAAAGAAACGAAAAUCGUGGUCGACGCAAGCCCGGGAGAACUUGGAGGUAUACUAAUGCGAGAAGACAAAGAUAUCUGCUACGCAUGCCACAAGUCGAAUCAAAAUAUUCCAAAACUGAGAGAGAAAUGUUAG